AUGAGUUAUGAAAUUGAAGUAGAACGUCAAAUAGAUGAAAAAUAUGACGUUGAUAACCCACAUGAAAAACGUGAUAAAGAUGAAAUUGUGCCGCACAACCCACGCGACUCGAACAACGCGCACAAUGGAAAUCAAGUAUCUUCAGUAUCUUUAUCUCCUAACGGUAAAUAUGUCGUCACAUAUAGCGAAGAUGAUAAAUCAAUUGAAGGAUGGAUUGUAAAAGAUUCUAAACUGAUCCUAGAUCCUGAAGCAAGUGUUUAUAAAUUACCAGAAGGAUCAAAGAAUAUUUCUGAGAUUAAAGUAAAUGAUGGUAAAAUUGUUUAUAUUGCGUACAAUAUAAUAAUUCAAAUGUCAAAUAAACAUCAACAAAUUAAACUUAAUCCUCCGCCUGAAGGGUGGUGGGAAUCUAAGAAGAUUAAUUUCAAAAAAAAUGGUGAUUUUAUAAAAUUCAGUAGAUAUGAAAUAUUAAUUUAUCGUUCUAAGCAUGAUAAGAUGAGUAAUGAGCUAAGUUUAGUGUCAUUUUAUGAACUAUCAUCACUAUCAUCACUCUACGAAGUAAUAAAAGAAGUGCUUAUUGAUGAUGAUAAUAUAUGGGUUAUUUCUCCAAAUUAUUUAUUUCAUUGGGACAUGAAAACAUUUCAAUUGAAAUUUAGUUAUUCACUUGAGUUUACGACCGAGAAUUCUCAGUAUGAUAAAGAAUUUACAGUAAUACAUAAAGAAAGUUUAAUCGGGAUAAAAUAUUAUGGUGAAAUUGCAAUUUUUUUAAACAAUGUACAUUUUCCAAUUCGAAAUAUUCAAUUAAAGAAUCCUGAUAUGAAGAUAGAAUUGUGCCAAGUACAAAAUAAUACUUAUCUUUUGGCUUUUAAUAUACCUAAAAAAGACGAAAAACAGGAUAUAAUCUUGUAUAGUAUAACUGAUAUCAAUAAACAACAGCCCAUAGAUGCAUCAACGAUUUUUAAUGAUGAAGAUCCCGAGAACGACUUCAAAAAUAAGUUUAUCCUUUAUGAAUAUAAUUCAGAAUCAAAGGAAGCAUUUGGAUUAGUUGAUGGAAAAUUUACAUAUAUUAAUUUAUUAGAUUUAAAUUUGCAUGAAUUUUUUGAAUCUCAUAAGGAAGAUGAUGAUUUAGUUGGUUGGAAUGAUUACUUGGGUCAACCUUUUUACUAUAAUGAUACUUUAGCUUUCCCUGACAUGGAAAAUAUUAGAUCUUUACUUUCUGAAUCUAGGAAAAAUAUGAGUGAAUGUGAAAAGAAAAGUAUUGUAACUAAAGAUAUAAACUUCAAUAAUCAAAAAUAUAAAUGGAGAAUAGAACUGAAAAACGAUAAACCCGAUUUAAUUAAUAAACUCAUCAAACUCGAUAAACUCUCAGUUUAUUCAGAUGAAGAAGAACUGAAUAAAGAAGAAUUUCUGCGUUCAAAAGAUUUAGGUAUCAUGUUGACGACGUUGAACUGGAAAAUUCUUAACAAUAAUGCGUUAGCAUUACGAUUUAACGAAGAAUCUAUAAUAAUAUACGAGUAUGAUAUCCAUAACAAACGUAUUAAAACUCAAUACUUUAUUAACAAAGAGGAAGGACAAAUAGAUUUUUCUGGAUCUAUAUUACCGAUGAUAGAUACGAUAGAUAUAGCAAACCUCGAUAAAGAUGAAAAUGAUAAUGGUAAACAACUUUUCACACAAUUAUCAGAAAGUAUCGUUAGUAUCAUUGAAGACGAAAGAUGUCUUGCGAAAUAUGGACCAACUUUAUUACCAAUUUUAAUAGAGUCGUCUGUUCCAAAAUUAACUCGUUAUAUAGAAGAUAUUUUUAAUAAAUGCACAAAACUUGUUAAAGAUGAUCCAAACAGAAAUCUAAGAUUUCUGAAUAUUAUAACAUCAUCAAUGAAUGAUUUAUACAAAAAGUAUCCUGAUUACAUAACAAAAUUUAAUUCUGAAAUGUUUAUGAUUUUAAACCCUUUUAACGAAGGAAUUGGGAAUAAAUAUCAUUCACAUUUUAGUGCUUUUAGCCAAGAAGUAGAAAUUCGUAAAGAAUUUUACUCAAAUUGGAAUGGUGAAGCAAUUAUUAAUUUUAAAUGGAAAACAUUUGGAAGGAUAUAUUAUUUUAUUAUUUGGUUAUUAUUUAUGGUUUUUCUUGUGUGUUUUACAAUUGCUUCUUAUCCUACAAAUUCUAUAACUCAAGAAAUUCGUAUUAAGCUAUAUCAAACUACAAUUGCUUUUGGAUUUUAUCAUCUCUUGUUUGAAUUAAGACAAUUUAUCUGGAAUCCAAAAAAUUAUGUUUUAAGUAUAUGGAACUUAUUUGAUUCAUUAAUUGCACAAAAUCCAAAUGAUCCAAAUAAUCCUUGGACUCUUUCUAAUACUUAUAAUCAAGUUGAUGAAAAUGGAAAUAUCUUAAAAGAAACUCUUAUUCAAGUUCCUAGUGAAAAUACCAAUUUAUUUUAUUCAUAUCCCACGUCUCUUCUUGCGACAUAUUUAUUUUUAACAGCGAUUGGAGAGGAUAAUGAUAGGGCCUCGUAUUUAGUACAAAAAGCAGAAGUUAUAGCAGAAAUUGAACUUUUUUAUUUAUUACCUCAUCAAAGACGUUGGAGAACUUGGUUUCCCGAAGUAAUUUCUUAUAAAGUAGAUAUUAAAAAAGCUCGGAAAUACAUUAAGGAAGCAAUUAAAAAUGGUGAAUGGAAAAGGGAUGAUUUGUCUGAUAAAAUUUUAAAGCUACUUAGCAUCGAAGAUGCUAUUAAAGAUUAG